GGCCCAGUGCAUUUAUUCCCAGCAUCAUGGGACAAUCUCAAACAAAGAAUAAAGACCUCUUUUUCUCCAUUUUGGGCCAUAUGCUCGAGGGAAGAGGAAUGAAGCUUAUCUGGCUCUCCUUGAAUGUCCUGCUUUUCUGGAAAACAUUCCUGCUGUACAACCAAGGACCAGAAUAUUAUUACAUCCACCAGAUGCUGGGGCUAGGAUUAUGCCUAAGCAGAGCAUCCGCGUCUGUUCUUAAUCUCAACUGCAGCCUUAUCCUUUUACCCAUGUGCCGAACACUUCUGGCUUACCUUCGAGGAUCCCAGAAGCUUCCAAGCAGAAGAACCAGAAGAUUGUUGGAUAAAAGCAGAACAUUCCAUAUAACUUGUGGUGUUACCAUUUGUAUUUUUUCAGGUGUGCACGUGGCUGCCCAUCUGGUGAACGCGCUGAACUUCUCUGUGAACUACCGUGAAGACUUAGUUGAACUGAAUGCAGCAAGGUACCGAGAUGAGGAUCCUAGAAAUCUUCUCUUCACAACUGUUCCUGGCCUGACAGGAGUCUGCAUGGUAUUGGUGCUAUUCCUGAUGAUCACAGCUUCUACAUAUGCCAUACGAGUUUCUAACUAUGAUAUCUUCUGGUAUACUCAUCAUCUCUUCUUUGUCUUCUAUAUGCUGCUGAUGUUACAUGUUUCAGGAGGGCUCCUGAAGUAUCAGGUUAACUUAGAUACCCACCCUCCUGGCUGCAUACAUCUUAAUGGAACCCGCUACCAGAAUAUUCAUUCAUCAGAGAAUCUCUCAGAACAUUUUCAUGAAUCUUACCCUGGAGGAUUUUCAAAAGCAGAUGAACUUAACCAGAACACAUUUGUGAAGAUUUGUAUGGAAGAACCCAUGUUCCAAGCUAACUUUCCACAGACUUGGCUUUGGAUUUCUGGCCCUUUGUGCCUGUAUUGUGCUGAGAGACUUUAUAGGUGCAUCCGGAGCAAUAAACCAGUCACCAUCAUCUCAGUAAUAAGUCAUCCCUCAGAUGUCAUGGAAAUCCAAAUGGUCAAAGAAAAUUUUAAAGCAAGACCUGGCCAGUAUAUUAUUCUACAUUGCCCAAGUGUGUCCGCAUUAGAAAAUCAUCCAUUUACCUUGACAAUGUGUCCUACUGAAACCAAAGCAACAUUUGGGGUCCAUCUUAAAAUAGUAGGAGACUGGACAGAACGAUUUCGUGAUUUAUUACUCCCACCAUCUAGUCACGACUCCGAGAUGCUGCCCUUCAUUCGAUCUAGAAAUUAUCCCAAACUCUACAUUGAUGGUCCCUUUGGAAGUCCAUUUGAGGAGUCACUGAACUAUGAGGUCAGCCUCUGUGUGGCUGGAGGCAUUGGAGUAACUCCAUUUGCAUCAAUACUCAACACGUUGCUGGAUGACUGGAAACCAUACAAGCUUAGAAGACUCUAUUUCAUUUGGGUGUGCAGAGACAUUCAAUCCUUCCAGUGGUUUGCCGACUUACUCUGUGUGUUGCACAACAAGUUUUGGCAAGAGAACAGGCCUGAUUAUGUUAAUGUCCAGUUGUACCUCAGUCAAACAGAUGGGCUACAGAAGAUAAUUGGAGAAAAAUAUGAAGCACUGAAUUCAAGACUAUUUAUUGGACGUCCUAGGUGGAAACUUCUGUUUGAUGAAAUAGCAAAAUGUAAUAGAGGGAAAACAGUUGGUGUUUUUUGCUGUGGACCCAAUUCAAUUUCUAAGACUCUUCAUAAACUGAGUAAUCGUUACAACUUCUAUGGGACGAGAUUUGAAUACAAUAAAGAAUCUUUCAGCUAAAAAUCUUUCAGAUGAACCAGGGCUCUAAAGAAGGAAUGAGUGCAAUUUCUAAGACUUUGAAACUCAGCUGAAUCAAACAGUUUUGUCACGCCAAAGAAUAGAAAAGUUUUCUUAUUUAUGAUUAUUUAAAAUGGAAAAUGCAAAUAAUGUGGCAAGAUGAUGGUUCACCUUACAUGUUUAAUCUGGAAGACAAAAAGAACUUAAAGGGUAUUUGAUAUGGUGAUUCAGUUUUCAAUAUGCAAAUUAAAGAAAACUAUUGUAUGCUCACUGUUGAUUUUUAUGGCAGAUUCAAAAGUCUCCAGUGAGGAGCUGCACUUGCUCACUGGGAAGCUGAUGGUCUUGGUCCUCUUAAAUUGUUUUGCUUGAUCAAAGAUAAGAUUAAACAAAAUUAAAAUCUCAUUUAA